AUGAGCAUAAGCUAUAAAGGAGCCAUUUGUGACUUGUGAUCGUGUUUGUCAAUCACUUUGAUUUAUUAAUACUGCGUUAAUUCACUACUAUUUUCGUCUAAAGUCAGAAUCGUAAUUAUGAAUAUAAUGAAUAUAAUCGUCAAAUUUUCAAUUAUAAAUCUUAAUAAGAAAAUCUGUCAAAUGAUAAUUUGGUCUAAGCUUUAAAAAGUGGUACUGUUGUUACUAAAUUUUUACAUCGUAUAAUUGCAUAAACAAUAACAUUACAUAUGUCUGUACAACAAUGCAAGAUUAAUGGAUAACAAAGCCUGGAUAUUUUUUGGCAUGUAUUUUGUGUACCAAUAUAUUAUUGAUUAACAUAAAGAAUUUAAACUUGCUAUUCGAUUCACAAAAUUACAAAGUUAUACAAAAAUGGACAGUUCAAGACAGCAAGACAGAUCUCUCAGCGGUGGAAUUUCAUUGCCACAAUGGAUGAAAGGGAAAAUGGAUAAUAGAUUUGACUUUGAUGAAGCUGCAUUCAGUCCACCAUCUUACGAUGAUAGCUUCUUUUAUAUAAGGUAUCCAAAAUCACAAAAUCCUGAAGUAUCGCAACAAGGAUUGAAACAUAUUGUAACUGAGGUUAUGAAUGAAAAUAUUACGGGUUCUACAAAUCAAAUAGCGAAUGAAAAAUCCAUUUCCAAUUUGAAAGAAGUCAAGGAGAUUGAUUUUAGUAAACACCCUCUGCCAUGUCAACCGUUUAUACCGAUUAUAAACAAUAAAGCUAAUGAUAUAAAAUCUCGGAAGAUUCCGGAAGCAGGAGGAAGUAUAAAACCUAAAUCUCAGGGAACGGACGAUGGUUUUCACGGUGAACCAGCUCUUUGCGGCAAAUCAAUCGUCCAUGUAGCAAAUCAAAUGAUGUCCGGUAAAUUUGCUAAAAUAUUUUCGUCAGAUCCGCAAUCUCAACAGACGGAUGGUCAAAUAAAAAAUGUCAGUAAGUCAUUACCAGCGACACCACUGACAUCGCCGACAGGAACACCAGAUAAUUCACCAAAAGCACGUAGAAAGCUUCAUGCCAACAGAUACUUUACAGGCGCAUUUGUACCAGACAAAGAGAAAUAUCAGGGUAAUUGGAUUUUGGCAAGUAUAUUAGGUCAAUCUAGAGAAAUUAUUACUGCAAAAAUAGAAGAAGAAGACGAACCUUUCGUCGAACCACUCAAGCCGCUUAAUCGAAAAAAAUCGAUAUCUUCGCAAAAUCUUACAUAUAUAGGAAAAGAAGAAAAAGCAGCAGAUAAGUCGCCAGUUUACGUAAAUAUACUCGAAGCUAAACCAUCUGAACUAAGAGAAAUGAAUUUUUGGUCACCGACUUCUAUGUAAAAUUUUGAUUUGAUUUAAUUAUACAAUUAUAUAUAGCUAUUAAUAUAAUAUAAAAGUAACAUAUUUCUACCAAAGUGUAUAUUUUUUUGAUUAUUAGAAUUAAUUUAGAUUAAUUGCACAAUUUAACAAUGGAUAGCUACAUAUAAUUCUUUAUAUUAUUAUUAUCUUAGCAACGAUGUCUUUCGAAUGUAUAUUACAUGCUUAACACACAUUUUCGGUUUUUAUGUUAUAUUCUAAAUU